AUGUACAACAGUCAUACAGACAUUUGGAUAGUAAGUCAAAUUGAAACCCGAACUUACUCCAUCAAAACACUCGCGAUUAACACAAUUUGCUUUCACCUACAGGCGGGCACGUUUGCCGCAGUGACCGUUGAGUGUGUGGUCUACCCGCUUGACACGCUCAAGACACGCUACCAGUCUCCCAACUACAAUCAAGUUUUCAAAGACGCCAGCACGGGAGCAAUCAAAAAGCAGCUCCUUUUCAGAGGCCUCUACCAGGGCAUCGGGAGCGUAGUGCUUUCCACAGUUCCAUCGGCCACUGCAUUCCUCACCACUUACGAGACGAUAAAGAGUAUCUUCCACAACUCAUCCAGCAAGGAACCAGACAAUGAGAUACCCCCAAGACUUAUAAACAAAAUCCGCCUGCCAUUCACCCAUUCCCUACCAGCUCCGAUCAUGCACGGAAUCGCAUCCUCAAUCGCCGAGAUGGCGUCGUGCCUCAUCCUCACUCCAACAGAGGUUCUCAAACAAAACGCGCAAAUGAUCCAAGCAGCUGAAAAGAAACAACACCAGAAAUCUGCCACCCGGCUGGUCUUGUCCCGAUUCCGACAUCACCCCUGGCGUCUGUGGAGCGGAUAUACAGCUCUCUUGAGCCGGAAUCUACCAACUACUGCGAUAAAUUUCCCACUGUUUGAACACAUUCGAUAUCAUAUGAUCAAGAGAUGGCGAAAGCACAUGGACAAGCCAGUUGAGGAGUAUUCACAGUCUGAUCGGCUUUUCGAACGCGCUGUUCUGACAGCAACUUCGGCUGCCAUUUCGGGCUCGAUCGUGUCGAUAAUCACCAACCCUGUGGAUGUUGUCAAGACUCGAGUCAUGCUUCUGGCUGGCGCUCAAGAUUCGGAUGAAAUGAAGAACAGCUCAGGUUCAAAGAAGGCUAAGUGCUCUCGGAAGGGACCGCUGGCUGUUGGGUGCGAUAUACUGCGGAAAGAAGGAGUGAAGGCACUUUUCAGGGGUGUAUUCAUUCGGGCUGGAUGGUCCGCUGCGGCUAUGGGCUCCUAUCUGAGUCUUUAUGAAACCGGGAGGUUUUAUCUGGAGAAUCGGCGACGAGAGAGGGAUGGUCUGGCUUGA